UUUGGGCUCAAAGUUACCAUCCUCUUCCCUGUGUUUAUUUUAUCUCUGCAUCUGCCAUCCUCCUAAGGUCCCAAGACAAUGGCGUCAAAGUCCACAGUAUUUCGGUGUCGGGGUAUGAGAGCCACUCCACAAAAAGCCCACAGUGUGUAUGGUGGUGGUUUUGGAGGAAGCACACGCAUCUCUUCCUCCUCUAUGCAUUCCAGAAGUGGAGGAGGUGGGGGAUACGGUGGUUAUGGUGGAGGAUACGGUGGAGGAAUUAGUGCAGGCAUUUUGCCAGGAGGCUGCUAUGGAGGGGAUAGUGACUACAUCCAGAUGAACGAGAAGGCCACCAUGCAGAACCUGAAUGACCGUAUGGCUGCUUACCUGCAAAAGGUGCACUCUCUGGAGGCUGCCAAUGCCAAUCUAGAAAAGCUGAUUCGUGAGUAUUAUGAGAAGAAGGGGCCAGCUGCACAGAGGGACUAUAGUGCCUACUGGAACACCAUCAAGGACUUGAAGGAAAAGAUUAAAACUGCUGCCAUCAACAAUGCCAACAUCCUCCUGCAGAUCGACAACUCUAGGUUGGCUGCAGAUGACUUCAGGAUAAAAUAUGAGCAUGAGUUAUCUAUGCGGCAGUGUGUGGAGGCUGACAUAGCUAACCUGCAUCGCUUGCUGGACCAGACAAAACUAACAAAGGCUGACCUGGAGAUGCAGAUCAAAGGCCUGCAGGAUGAACUGGAAUUUAUGAAAAAGAACCACAAGGAGGAGUUGGCAGCACUGAGGUCUCAGCUGACAGGCACAGUGAAUGUGGAGGUGGAUGCUGCUCCUCAGCAAGACCUCAACAAGGUUUUGGAGGAAAUACGCUCUCAUUACGAGGCCAUCAUAACGAAACACCGCAAGGAACAGGAAGUCUGGUUUAAUGAAAAGACAGUACAAUUAAGCAAAGAGGUGGUCAUCAAGACAGAGACCAUACAAACCUCCAAGUCACAGAUAACAGAUCUGCAAAAGACUUUGCAAAGGCUGGAGAUUGAGCUACAGUCUCAACUCAGCAUGAAAGCAUCACUGGAGAGCUCACUGGCAGACACAAAGGCUAGAUACAGUGCUAUGCUAGCAGGCUUCCAGAACCACAUCAACAUGCUGGAAGCAGAACUGUGUCAGAUGCGGGCAAGCAUUGAGCAACAGGGAAGAGAUUACACCAUGUUGCUUGACAUCAAGAGCCGCCUGGAGCAGGAGAUCGCCACCUACAGAAGCCUCCUGGAAAAUCAGGACAUUAAGACUCAUGUGCAAGGUGGAUCUCAAAAUGUCCACUCUGGUGCACCAGCAAUCCCCAUAAAGAAGACCACCAGCACCACCACCACACAUCAUACCUACUAUUAACUAAAGACAGAGCAGCCUGCUUUUCUGAGACAAUAUCCAAACACACACACACACAUUUUAUCAUAUUUUAAGUGACACAAAUUAACACGUCACUUCUGGUAUUGUGAACAAAGAAACCAUUUUUUUGAAAAGAAAACUUGAUGAAACUUUGUGUUCUGAGAAAAACCUGCCUCUGAAAAUAAAACUGUAAAAAAAAAAAGAAAC